CAAACAACACACUGGAGCACACUGUACACAAGGUAUACAAGCUGAGCAGGCACCUGCGCCAGCAAUGGAGGACACGCACGGCACCAACAGAUGAGACAUUGGCCAAUCGCCCUGCAAGUGCGGAACUGUGCAUCCAACACCAGUAGUGAGUCACCUGAGAGACUGAAGAGGGUGAGCUGACUGGACCUGGUGGACACGGCGGCCAUUUUACACGCAUUGAUUGGGGUUUUCGGCCAGCAACGUCUGAACAUCUGAAAAUCAUAAGCCCUGUGUUCAAAAAUAGUCAGUAAAAAUCUGAAGUAUACUGCAACAUGCAAACACGCAGUUUCUCCCUCUCAAUGCUUCAUUUUGUGAUUUGUUCUUUCUCAAUGAAUCACCAAAAUCAGCCCGCAGCAUGAAAAGCUGGAGCAAGAAAUUCAAGAGACAAGAGCCUGACAGUGUGGUUGGGUCCUCCUCUAGCAAGAGGAACUCCAUUAGUGAUCCACCAGUGCCUGUGUGGGUUACUCACACACCCACACCAGAUAAUAUCACAGAUGAUGACGAUACAAAUUCCACAGGCCGCACAUCCAGUACUCCACCUUAUGCAGAGAAGGAGAAAAAAGGGAGCAUGAAGGACAGGCUGAAAUCCCUCAUCCCUCAGUCAUGGGGGGGCAUCAUCAAUAAAUGGACAAGGGAAAGUGACAGUUUCAAUAACUCUGAAGCCAGCACCAUCGCAAUCCUUCCUAAUGGGACCAGGGUGAGUCCUCCUGUAAGUCCACUGCUGGAGCGUAGGAACUGGGGUGAAUCACUGGGCAACUGCAGCCAGAACUCCAAUAAGCCUUUGUUAAGGGCGAGCCCCUCUGAUGAUCUGUUCAAUCAGGGUCCACGAGAGGAAUCUCUGCUCACCAGUAUCCACCCUGCAGAGUACUACGCAGAGAAGCUGGAGGUCUAUAACCAGAAGUACUCUUAUUUGAAAUCCUGGCCAGGCCUGCUCAGACUUCUUGCCGGAUUUCAGCUCCUAUUUGGGGGCAUGGUCUUUGCCUGUGUCAUUGCCUACAUUCAGAAAGACAGUGAGUGGUCCAACAGCUACGGACUCUAUAAUGGUGUAUAUAAUAAUGGGCAAGGCCUAUCUGGGUACAGCUACAGAGGCCCCAUGACUCCCUUUAUAUUAGCAGUAGCUGGAGUCUCCUGGAUUAUAACCCUCAUUCUCUUGGUGAUGGGAUUAACUAUGUAUUAUCGCACCAUACUCCUUGACGCCCCCUGGUGGCCUCUGACAGAGGCCUUCAUCAACGUGGCACUGUUCCUGUUCUACAUGGCAGCAGGGAUCGUCUACCUGAAUGACUUGAAUCGUGGGGGGCUGUGCUACAUGACCAUAGGCGUUAACCCCAUCACGGCCAAUCUGUGUCGGGUUGAUGGGGGCCAGAUGGCGGGAACAGCUUUCAUUUUCAUCAACAUGGCAAUGUAUCUGGGAAGCUUCCUGGUGUGUCUAAAGAUGUGGAGGCAUGAGGCCACACGUAGGGAGAGGGAGUACUUUAAGAACAAGCCCCAAGAGGAGUUUCACCAGUCCAUCCCACUAACCCCUCAAAAACCAAAACGCAUAUCAUUCAAGGAUGAAAUGGAUAAGUCUCUGAGUGAAGAUUAUAUCAAGAACCAUAAGAACCCAGUCAGUCUGAACAAAGCCCCAGCGUCUGAAUACACCCCCAGAGUCCGUAUCAUUGCAGACUACGUCAUAAAGUAUCCAGAGAUCAGCUGUGUGGAAGAAAGGGAAAAGUACAAAGCAGUUUUCAAUGACCAGUAUCAGGAAUACAAGGACCUUCACAGAGACAUCAGCACCACCCUGAAUAAGUUCAGAGAGCUGGAUGCCACGAUGGCACGACUCCUCAGAGGUACAAAAAGCCAAGCGGAUCAGCAGAGGAUUCAAAGCAUUUUGAAGACAUAUCAGCAAAAAAAGAAUGAACCUGCUUUCCUAGAGAAAAAGGAACGCUGCGACUAUUUGAAAGCUAAAUUAAGCCACCUCAAAAAGAGAAUCCGCACUUUUGACCAAGAAGCUAUUGCAAGUGGUCAGACUAAGAUCUUCUAAACCAUGUAUGAACCUCAGUAUUACGAUAGCCCCCCUGUGUACAGCCCGCCUUACAGCACCACCUCCCAAGGCUUCUAUCCCCCAAGGAGCGUUCACUCCCCCCAGAGCCAGUAUGUCCCAUACACCUAUAAUGUCCCUCCAGACUCCUACUAUAUGGAAGAGACGCCUCAACACUUCUACCGCUGGUUUUCUCCUCCUGGUUUCGUCAAAACCUUUCAAGGAGCUACAGUACUCAUGUGUUUCCUGAUCUUCGCCUGCGUGGCUUCAACCUUGGUGUGGGACAUGAACGGAUUUGGGUAUGGGGGCUAUGGUUUCGGGGCUGCAGGGGCGGUCACAGGCAUGGAUUUUGGAUAUCAUGGAGGCAGCUAUGGUUACAGUAGCUCCUACAUGACGCCACAUUCUGCCAAGUCGGCGAUGAUUUCCAUGGCGGCCAUUUGCUUCCUGGUUUCACUGGGGUUCCUGGUGGGGAGUUUCUCACGGUCACGGAUGAUGCGGGGGUGCAGGUUCUACCUUACUGUGUUCAUUUGUGAUAUCAUCUUAGCUGUCCUUCAGGGCAUCAUCAAUAUCAUCUUUGUGAUCGGAGUGAACCCGAUGUCUCAGAGCUCACAGAGCAUGCUGUACAAUCCCAUGCUGAUGAUGUGCCAAAACAUCCAGGGCAGUCCCAGUUUCAGUGGCAGCGUGGGGGCCGGUUUUCCAGGGGGGUUCCCCAUGUACAAUCAGUACCUGCACCACUACUGCUACAUGGACCCCGAGGAGGCGGUUGCGUUAGUGUUGGGUCUGAUGGUGGUGUUGGCCCUGUCCCUGUCUGCUUACUACGCCUAUAAAACCCGCAGCAAGAUUUGGCACCACAGCCAAGCUAACAUCUACUGGGACGAGCCGCUGGUCAGGCCGUCAGAGGGGCAGGAUGUUCAGGACUGGGUGAACCAUGUUGGAGAGGUGCGCAGCACACAGCAGGCUCCAACUGUUGUUGUAUCAGAGAGAGCAGCACCUAACCUGAGGGUGGAGAAAAGUGUGGUUUCCUACGGCAAGGGAACAGUCAGCUACAAUGAGGAAAAUUAUAAAAGUAACAGUUCCUCUGCUGACAACAGCAACCAUCGGGGAGCUGAGCCUCUGUACCAGAACAACGGGGUCACAGUUUGUUCCAGCAACUCCUCCGACAAGACUGACUGCUUCAGGAAUCCUCCUCCUUAUCAUGUGGAGAGGGAACAGAGGAAGGACCCAGAGCCCAAGCCUGCUGCUCAGGAGAUGAUGGAGUCCCAGUAUGAAACUGGUUACACCACCGGAGAGACUGGCAAUGAGCUGGACCACACAGAUUACCUUUACAGGCAGUACCCAGAGAUAAUUUCAGACAAGCAGCGCCGCCAGUACAAGAAGGAGUUUGAUUCCGAUCUGGCUCUCUAUAAGAGCCUCUGUGCUGAAAUGGAUGACAUCAGUGACCAGAUGCACAAGCUGAGCCGAGAACUGGACGUGUUGGAUGAGGGCUCCAUGAAGUACCAGGGUGUGGCAGAUGAGUAUAACCGACUCAAAGACCUGAAAAGGACGCCAGACUAUCAAGCAAAGAAGAAGCAGUGCAAAGAACUUCGGCAAAAGCUUUUCCACAUCAAACGUCUGGUGAAAAUCUAUGACCAAGGUCUUUGUUAGUGUUUUAAUAAUCUGCUCAAACAGCUGAGGAUGAACCCACACAGGGUGCGACUUUGCGAAAGAAACAAGGAUUUAUACUCCAUUUUUUCUUCAGUUUCACUGUUUUUCUGUUUGAAUUGUAACAGUUCAGUCCACACCAACAUGGCCCUCACACUGGCCUUAGAGUCACUGAACCUCAACUGUUUUUGACCCCAGUGUUUACAGCUUCUGUAUUAGUUUCUGCAGCUGUCAGAGCAGAUUACUGUCAGAACAGAUCUUCUGAUAGACUCUCUGUGUGAUUGAAUGUGUUGCACCUUGUGUGAGAUUUUACUUUCCAACUCAAUGGCAAUUUUUAUUUAAUGCUGUUUAAUUGUUACAGAAUGUUGUAUUAUGGAAACUAAUGAAUAUCAGUUUUUAUACAAAAAAAUAAUGUGAUGAAUAAAAGUCUGACAGAAAAGGAGACAAUUAUUUAAAUAAAUCAGCUGUUUAAACUG